GAAGUAACGUUCAGCAUUAAUGGCAGUGUUUACAAAGCCAAUGCGGAUAGCGUUCCGGUGGAUACAUCCUUGAAUACGUUCAUUCGAAACCAUGCUUAUCUUUCCGGGACCAAGUUCAUGUGUCGGGAAGGAGGCUGUGGGGCUUGUGUGGUCAACGUGUCCGGGCUCCACCCUGUCACGAAGGAAACUAAGUCUUGGUCCGUCAAUUCGUGUCUCUUUCCCGUGUUCGCUUGCCAUGGAUUGGACAUCAAAACCGUGGAGUCUCUCGGUAACCGAAAGGACGGGUACCAUCCGAUACAGGAGCGCUUGGCUCACAUGAACGGGAGCCAGUGCGGGUUCUGUUCGCCCGGCAUGGUUAUGACCAUGUACAGCUUGAUGGAAUCCAAGCAGGGAAAGGUCUCGAUGGAGGAGGUUGAGAAUCAGCUCGGUGGCAAUAUUUGCCGUUGCACGGGCUAUCGACCCAUUCUCGACGCCUUUAAAUCGCUUGCAUCAGUAUCGCAACAGGAGCUUUCAGACAUUGAGGAGCUACAAAUUUGUCCCAAAACGAAUACUGUUUGCUCGGCUCAGUGUCCUGUUGUUGCAUGCAACGUCGAUAAAGCGCGUUCGGUGCGUAUAGCUUUCGAUGAUGGUAAAGAGUGGUACAAGGUGUUUUCAGUUCGUGAUAUUUUUGCAACCCUAACCGCUAUAGGAUCAAAACUGUACAUGCUUCAUGGCGGAAACACUGCUCAUGGUGUCUACCGUCGAAAUGAGGCCAUUCAAAUCUUUAUCGAUGUGAAUUCGGUUGAGGAGUUGCGCAGUCAUUAUCAAAAUUCCGAUCGUUUGAUAGUUGGCGGAAAUGUUACACUGGCCGAGUUGAUAGAGAUACUUCGUACAGCUGCUAAAAAGCUAUCUGCGUUCAGCUACUGCGAAGAAAUGGAGAAACAUUUACUGCUUGCCGCUAACCCUGCAGUGCGUAACGUCGGCUCGAUUGCGGGAAAUCUUAGCAUUAAAAACCAACACCCAGAAUUUCCAUCCGAUCUCUACAUUCUGCUGGAGGCUAUUGGCGCAAAGUUAACUGUAGCCGAAUCUGUUACCACACAAUCGGAGGUAUCGCCCCUGCAAUACAUACGGAUGGACAUGACGAAGAAGCUUCUUAAAACUGUAUCACUCCCGGCCAUCGUAAACCAAACAAAUGUUUUCCGAUCGUAUAGGGUCGCCCAAAGAGCUCAAAAUGCUCACGCAUACGUCAACGCCGCGUUCCUGUUGCAAUUUGCCAACGACAAAUCGACUGUUACGUUGGCCACAUUGUGUUUUGGUGGCAUCAAUCCUAUGUUUACACACGCGACCCGUACGGAGAAGCUUCUCGUUGGGAAAAGGCUCUUCGAUAAUAACACCAUCCAACAGGCGAUCAACACCCUCGCGUCGGAGAUUCAACCCGACUGGAUCCUGCCGGACGCUUCUGCCGAGUAUCGUAGAAACCUUGCCGUUUCUCUCUUCUAUAAAUUCAUCCUUAGUGUAGCAACCGAUAACAAUGUACCUCUUGACCCUCGCUUCAAAUCCGGAUCCACCAUGCUCGAGCGACCGCUGUCAUCUGGCCAACAGAACUACGAUACCAAUAAGAAAAAUUGGCCCGUCUCGAAAUACGUGCCAAAGCUGGAAGGGUUGGCGCAGGCGUCUGGGGAGGCCAAAUAUACAAACGAUUUUCCACCAUUUCCCGGAGAGCUGCAUGCGGCGUUUGUUGUGGCCACUCAACCGAAUACGACCAUCGGAAAGAUUGAUCCUACCGAUGCAUUGCGUCUUCCAGGUGUAGUUGCCUUCUAUUCUGCGAGUGACAUUCCCGGCACAAACAGUUUUGUUGCCAACGAUAUGCUUAUGCCUUUCCCGGAUGUGGAGGAGAUAUUCUGCAGUGGGCGUGUACUAUUCCACGGACAACCGGUCGGUGUGAUUGUGGCAGAGCACUUAGACCAAGCAGUACGGGCGUCCAAGCAAGUGAUGAUCAUUUAUGAACGAGUCACGGAUGAGCCUGUUUGCCCUACCGUUAAAACUAUGCUCAACAACAACAUUGACAAGGAGGUUGAGGAUCAUCUAAAGCACAUGAAUUUCCUCCCGAUUGAUGAUCAGUCAGUGCAACAAAUUCAAGGUACUAUUGAAAUGUACGGGCAAUAUCAUUUCUAUAUUGAACCCCAGACAUGCCUGUGCGUUCCCAUUGAAGAUGGAAUGGAUAUUUAUGCGGCAACACAAUGGAUUGAUCUGUGUCAGGUCGCGAUUGCUGCCGCUCUCAAGGUACCGCAAAAUAGUCUUAACUUCACUAUCCGACGGUUGGGUGGAAGUUACGGAGGAAAACUAACGCGCGCAGGUCAAAUUGCCGGUGCUUGUGCUUUGGCAGCACUUCUAACCAAACGACCAGUACGAUUCGUCAUGACGAUGGAGUCAAAUGUGGAAACAAUCGGGAAGAGAUGCGGCUGCUUCAGCAGCUAUCAAGUGAACGUGGACAAUGAGGGCAACAUUAAACAACUCUCCAAUAACUUCCUGCAAGAUUACGGAUCAAGCCGGAACGAUGACGUGUUGACGUUCACGAACGAUGCUUUCAAUCUGUCCUAUAAUUCUAGCACCUGGACAUUUAAGGGAAAACCCAUACUUACGGACGCGCCGUCCAACACCUUUGCACGUGCCCCUGGUAUAACGGAAGGCAUUGCGAUGGCCGAAACGAUCAUGGAACACAUUGCCUGGGUGACUGGUGUCGAUCCGAUGCAGGUGCGGAUGAGAAAUAUGCACACCGGAAGCAAAUUUCAAAUUCUUAUGCCACAGUUCCGUCAAGAUGUGCAGUACGAUAAGAGAAAACAAACGAUCGAUGAAUUUAAUGCCAAGAAUCGGUGGCGCAAGCGAGGUAUCGCUAUGGUGCCGAUGCAGUAUCCUCUGGUUUACUACAGUGCUUUACAUGCACAGGUGUCUAUUUACGCAAAGGAUGGUACGGUUUCGAUUAGCCAUGGAGGCAUUGAAGUUGGACAGGGCAUCAACACCAAGGCGGCUCAGGUUGCUGCCUUCACGCUAGGCAUUCCGUUGGAGAAAAUUUCUAUCAAACCAACGAACAGCAUGACGUCUCCUAAUGCCACCAUGACCGGUGGAAGUAUGACUAGCGAGGCAGUGUGCUAUGCCGUGAUAAAGGCAUGCGAAAUUCUCAACACCCGACUAAAACCCAUCAAGGACGAGCUUAAAAACGCCCCUUGGGAAAAGGUGACCCAAACCUGCUACUCCCGAGACAUUGAUCUGAGCGUUCUCUAUCAAUACAAGAAGGCUGAUCUGAAACCCUACAGCAUCUGGGGGUUGGGUUGUGCUGAGAUCGAGGUUGAUGUCCUCACUGGUGCCGUUCAACUUACCCGCGUCGAUAUUCUCGAGGAUACCGGUGAGAGCCUUAGCCCGGGAAUCGAUGUUGGCCAGAUCGAGGGAGCGUUUGUGAUGGGAAUCGGAUACUGGUUAACGGAGUCGCUGGUCUACGACAUGACCAACGGUGCACUGCUGACGAACCGCUCCUGGAACUACAAGCCUCCAGGAGCGAAGGACAUCCCGGUCGAUUUCCGCAUUCAGCUGAUACAGACCGGUGACAAUCGGGCCGGAGUGCUACGAUCGAAGGCAACCGGGGAACCAGCCAUGUCUAUGAGUGUGGUUGUUGUGUUUGCGCUGAGAUAUGCCCUACGAUCGGCACAAAAGGAUGCCGGACGUCCGGAUGAUUGGAUUUCGCUUGGAUCGGCUUCAACUCCAGAGCAAAUAUUCCUCAAAGCAUCAAACACUUUCGAGCAGUACAACCUGAAUUAA